AUGGCUUUCUUUGGAUUUGAUACAACCCUACCCAGGGACCGUGAUGGUUCAGGGGCCAAAGGGUUCUUCGAAAACCCAGAUCCCUUCGCCGAUAUUGCUCGAGCUAAUGCGCUGGGAGAUGACGACGUGAUUGAUUUCGAGGAUACCUAUGAUGGUCUUGGCGACCAGCUUUCCGACGACCAGGACGAGUUCAACGAUGACACGUUUGGCGGAGCCGGCCCUGGGAAAUCCGUUGGCAGAGACUUUGAUUUCUUUGGGAAGACUGCUCAGGUCUCCGACGCCAUUGGAGAGGAGCAGGUUCGAUUUAGUCUGCAAAAUCCCAAUGCAGGCCGAGUCGCCCCCCGGCCCGCUCAAGCUCCUGUUCAGCCAGCUGCGCCCCAGACCACCAAGCGCUCAGGCUAUGAGAAGUACUCGGAUCCUGGCUACAUUCCAGAUUUGCAAGCCAAGUCUAGUGUCUGGGGUGUUUCGCAGAAAAAAGCCGAACCCGCUGCCGCUGCCGCUGCGCCGAGCCGGAAGAUGAUGAGCUUGGAAGAGGUUGAGGCACAAAUGCGUUAUCAUGGCCAUACUACCGCGACCCCAGCCGCAGAAGUAUUUCUGCGAUCUAUGGUGGACCAGCCGCAGUACCCACCCCAGCUUCAGCACCUCCAGACGCUCCCUGAUGGAUUCCCGCCAGUGCAUCUAGAGCUCCUCGAGGCACAGAUGAAACAGGGCCACCUACCCCCGCAAAUGUCACACCCACCGCCUGGUAUGUCAGAGCUAACGUCAACCUCCCCCCCGCAAAACAUGCCGCCUCCUGGCCCGCGCCAUGGUCCACCCCAGGCCCAGCGCCCUCAGCCACCCCAGCAGCCUCAGCAACCUCUUCAACAUCAGCAUGUACCACCGCCUCACCGCGUCUCCAGCAAUGGAAUGCCGGUGAUCACUAACCCCCAGCAACUCAUGCACCUCACGGAAGAACAACGUAACGCUUAUUUGGUGGAGGAUGCCAAGCGGGCAAAGCGCAACCACAAAAUCUUCCUCCUGUCCCGAGGCAAUGGUCUGAUGACACCGCAGGACAAGAAUUUCAUCACCCGUAUCCAGUUGCAACAGCUGGUCGCGGCUGCUGGUAAUGUCGCAGAUUCGGACCCCGAGGCCGUGCUGGCGGAGGACUUCUACUACCAGGUCUACAGCCAGAUUCGUGGGGCACCCCGCCAACACCCCCACCAACCUCUUGGUCAUUUCGCCCAGACCUAUCUGCUCCAGACAGGUAACCGGCUCGGCGGGCAUCGUCGGGGAAAUUUCCAGAGUGCCGACAACCACAUGCAGCGAAUGCAGCAGCAGGUUCAGCGUGCUGUGGAGGCAGCAAAGGCUAAGCCCAAGAACAAGCAGCUCAUCAUCGAGGGCAGCUUGGGCAAGAUCUCAUUUAGCAAUGCCAAGGCACCCAAGCCGAUGCUGAACAUUAAGCGCCCUGAUAGCUCAGAAGGACCCAAGCCUAAGAAGCAGUCGGAUCUGAGUCUCAGCGAUCGCAAGUCGAUCCUUACGAAUCUCGAAGCGCACGAUGCCGCCACCCCCGAGGAAGGCGACGCCGAGGCAAUCCAAGAACACAUGGAAUGGAGACAGAAGCUUCACUCGCUCAACCAGAAGUUGUGGCGUUCAUUGAAGGUGAUGGAACCAAUUGUGCCCCACUCGACGACACCACACCCCUUUAUCGCAUUCUUGUCAUACCCCAAGGGCAAGAAGGCCAUUCCCCGCAUCUUCCGUCACAUUGACCAGGAACAGCGUGUCACCAUUCUCACUAUGAUUGUCGUCCACCUGGAUAGCUUAGACGUGGUUCGUCUUGCCCAGCCUGUACCGGGUGAGGCCCAGCCAUCGCUCGGUGUACGCGAAGCCAUUGAUCUGUUCUCGCUGGCCGUCAUGCCCUGCCUUUUGGGAUACGUGAACGAGGCGCCAUUCAACAUUAUUAUUGGUCUUUUGGGAUUGGUCAUCAACCAAACCCAUGUGCAGACAGUGGCUCGCACCAAGGUUGGAUUGGGCAUUUUGACCAUGUUGCUCAGCCGUGCUGAGAUUGUCAAGGAGGCCGGCCAGGCUUCCGAGAACGAUUGGCAGCAGUGGGUUGAGAAAUUCAAUGUGCUGUUUGAUACGUUGGAACUCGGAUUAAAUGAGAUUUUCCCUGGAUCGAUCAGCUCUGGGGACGAUAUGUAUGUCUGGCAGUUCCUUGCUGCCGUGGGCAUUGGCGCCAGUCCUGAGCAGCAGCAGCGUUUGGUUAUUGCCGUCAAGGACCGUGUCAUGGAAACCGUAGGCUACAGCAAGACCCUUCCUCCCGACAUGGGCAGUCAGCGCUUGAACAACGUCAACCUUUUCAUGCGGGCCAUCGGUCUGGAUGUUGAGCUCCUUGGUUGA